AUGUCCAGCAAAACCGCAGUCCUGACCUCCAAGGCACCCAAGCCUCUUCCCGGCAUCUACAGCCAAGCCAUCGUAGCCAAUGGCUUCGUCUACUGCUCAGGAGCCAUCGCCAUGGACCCUUCCGGCAAGAUCAUUGACGGAGACAUUGCAGCUCACACUCAUCAAUGCAUCAAGAACCUCACCGCAGUGCUCGAAGAAGCAGGCACUGACAUCAACAAAGUCAUCAAAGUCAAUGUGUUUCUGGCUAGUAUGGAUGACUUUGCAAAGAUGAAUGAGGUGUACAAGACUUACUGGGGGGAUGUGAAGCCUAGCAGGACAUGUGUGGCUGUCAAGACUUUACCCAUGGGUACUGAUGUUGAGAUUGAGUGUGUUGCUGUGCUAUAG